AUGCCAUCUCAAAGAACACCUGUUGCAGCUUUAUAUCGAAAGGAGGAAGUUAUUGGGAGUGGUUCUUUCGGGGUUGUUUAUAAAGGAAUUAAUGUUGAAACAAAACAAGUCGUUGCAAUAAAAAUUUUAAAUUUAGAUAUUGGAGAUGAAGAGGUCAAAGAUGUCCAACAAGAAAUAACAUUACUUUCAAAUCUUUCAAAAUCUGAAACUCAGAACAUUAUAACUUAUCAUGGUGCGUUUCUUUCUGGUACUAAAAUUUGGAUUAUCAUGGAUUAUUGUUCAGGUGGUAGUGUAAGAACAUUAUUGAAAGCUGGCAGAAUUGAAGAAAAAUAUGCUGCUGUUAUCAUGAGGGAAAUGCUUGUGGCUCUUCAAUUUAUUCACAAUCAAGGUAUUAUUCAUCGGGAUAUCAAAGCUGCAAAUGUGCUAGUUUUUCGUGAUGGUCGUGUUCAACUAUGUGAUUUUGGUGUUGCUGCACAGUUAACUGCUGCCCAAGUUAAGCGAACAUCUAUGAUUGGAACACCGUUUUGGAUGGCUCCCGAAGUUAUCAAUGGGUCUGGCUAUAAUCAAAAAGCAGAUAUUUGGUCACUAGGAAUUACUUUGUAUGAAAUUAUUACUGGGGCUCCACCUUUUGCUGAUCAAGAAAUUAAACGUGCUGUCAAACUGAUUCCAUCUACCAAACCUACUCGUUUGGAAGGCAGUCAGUAUUCAGCCUCAUUGAAAGAGUUUGUUGCUUUGUGUUUAGAUGAACAGCCAGAUUCCCGACCAACGGCAGAAGAACUAUUAAAAGGAAGAUUUAUCAAAGCAACUAAGUCUGUUUCUUAUUCAAUUUUAAAAGAUCUUAUUAUAAGAUACCAACAAUGGAGAGAAAAGAAUAAAAAUAUCAGAGAUAGUUUUUUGAUUCCCAAUGGACCUGGCGCUUCAUUAAGUGAUGAGGAAGACGAUGAUUUUUCAUCAUUUGAUUGGGACUUUAGUCCCUUAGAUUCUGAAUCAGAACAUGAGAUUAGUAAUUCACAAAAUCAGCAGCAGCAGCAGCAGCAACAACAACUACAACAACAACCAUUUUCUCCGUCACAAGAUUUUACUACUCAUCGGUUUUCUGAAUCAAAUUUUCUUACUUCUAAUGAAAAUUGUCUUUCUCAAGCUCCGACGUUUAAAGGACCAGAAGACAGUUAUAUUUCGUCUUCUAAUGCUUCUGGUAUGGGAACUACUAUUAUGACCUCUAAUGGGCAUUUAUCGUCGCCGAACUCUAAAGUUGAUAAGCACCCUCUUCUUGAUAUAUUUGAAGAGGAACCUGGAAAAUUUGAUUUUAAAAACUCGGGAAGUCACAAUCACAGUCUUUUGAAUGAAAAUAGAAACAUCAAUGCAGAUAACAACAUCAACGACAAUAGUGCAGGUACUUCGGUUGAAUCCUAUUUUGAAAAUCGAUCUAAAGAUGCUAACUGGAACAACAGUAUCGAAGGCCAGUUUAGCACACGAAAUACAAAUGCAGUUAAUACCGAUAGAAAUAUUCCAAAUAUUUCGAUACCUUCUAAUAUCAGUACAUUUUCUCCUUUGACAAAUCAAAUUGAAAUUCCUUCCAUUGAUGAUCUUAGUUCUAAUACCAAAAUAUUUUCAAAAAAUCCGCCAUUUUUGAAUGCCCCAACCUCAUCAUCGUCUACGCCCAAUUUACCAACACAUUUCAAAACUGCAACGGCGUCCUCUCAAUCAUCUUUGAUAAAUUCUGGAGUUUCAGAAGUGUCUUCUACAACUAUGGGAUAUCAUAAUUCUUCGUCAAAUGUUUCUGCUAGUUCAAGUGCUGUAAAUAUUACUAAUUGGAAUAACAUUAACUCCAGUUAUAAUCCGGCGAAAAUUUCGGGUCGCCCUAGUGUGACCACGAAUAACAGUUCUCAGUCUCGUUUAAACCAGAUAAGUUUAACGGCGAAUGGACUUUCCAAACCAAAUGAACUAUUGUCAUCUCAGUCAGAUUCGGUUACAGUGGCUAGUCAAUAUAAUUCAUAUAAUCAAGCUCACAGUUUGCCGCCGGUUUCUACUGUUUCAAGUGCUUCAUUAACUUCAAGUGCUUCUGAAAUCAAUUUGAAUUCAACAUAUACACACCAGGCUCCACCGCCAUUAACAGAUGUGUCAUCAAUAUCGAGAAGAACACCGUCUCCAAAGCAUGCUAUUCGACAGGCAUCUCUUAAGGCCACUAACUUGCCGCUUAAUAUAUCUACGACUUCAUCAUCUAAUGCCAGUAGAAUACCUUCUCAAUCAUCUCAGACUCAGUCAGCUACUAGUAAGCUAGGAACCGAAUAUCUUGUCGAUGAACCUAGUGAAAAAGGAGUAAUUAAAAAUUUACCCAAGACAUACAUUCAACCAAGUUCUAAUGCUCCAUAUUAUACCAACACCUUGGCGACAUCAUUUUCAACAACAUCACUUCCUACAAUGGCGUCGUUUCCAGCAGCCUCAUAUCAACAAAGUUCGUCAGGUGCAUCGACACCUGCAUCUUAUGACGGAAUUAGUUUACGAGAAGCUACAUUAUCUUCACCUCAUUUAAAGCAUAUUACACAACGAAAACUUUCUACAUCAUCUUCAUCUACAUCCGUGACUGGGAAGCCGGUAUCUGCAACAUACAAAAUAGCUCAGUUACGGGGAACUUCAGGAAACUCAGCAACAACAAGUGCUUCCGGCUUACAGUCUUCUUCAUUGUAUUCUGAAAAAAGUGAUACACACUCUAAUACAAUUCUAGAUGAAAAAAUCAAAAGUCAAAAUCAUCCACAAAAACCUGUAUAUUCUCAAAAUCAAUCUUAUCAAAAUGAGUCAGUUGAUCAUCUACCAAUGAACAAGAUUCAACUUUAUCAACAGCAGCAGCAAUAUAAUCAACGCCUUCAGCAUCUACAACAGCAACAGCUCAAAGCAUCAUUAUCUACCUCUUCAGUAGUUGUACCAGCUUCAGUUUCAAUUCCUCAAGAUAUGUUUUCAACGGUUUCUAAAACGGUUUCCACUCUUGAUGAUAUAGGUAAGGAUCGCGAAACACCUAAAAAUUUACCAAACCGAAAUUCUUCGUACAACAGUGGCGAAUCUCCACAUGAAGAACAGGGAACAAUACGGUACAUAGAUAACGAUAAGGAUAGUCGAAUCAAAACGAAUAAAGAACAAAAGACCGAUUUAUCUACAGCGAAUAAUAUGGUGUCAAGACUACGAAACCCAAGUUUGGUCAAUAUGGAAGAUAUCAAUUCAUAUAAACUGUCAAUGGCUGUGUCAAAAAUUGAACAUGAACAGAGAAAAAUUACGUUUCCAGUUCUUAGGCCAUUUAAUUGUAAUAUCAUGUUGGAUUCGGCAUCAAAAGAAAUCGUGGUUGAAGAAUUUGGGCAUCAACUAGAUAGCUUUAUUAGUGCUUUAGAUGCUAUAGAGCAUAAGCUGUUACCUUUUUCAGCUUAA